AUGCAGUACCCUCAGCCUUGCUCUCUGAAUGCCACCGAUGGCACAAAGUUCUGCAAGAUUACAUUCAGCAGCGAGCGCGGCUACGUCGUCGAAUACGUUUCUCAACCGAACGCAAGCAUCUGCAGCAGUUGGCUGCUACUUCCGGGCGAGAACCUCUGGCCGGAAUGGCUGCGCGGCUGCUUGUAUCUCAUCGCCAUGGCGUAUAUCUUCGUCGGCAUUGCCAUCGUGUCUGACUUGUUUAUGGGCAGCAUUGAGGUGAUUACGAGCAAGAAAAGAAAGGUGACCGUCUUCGACCCCGAGAGACGAGUUGCAGAGGAGCAGGAAGUUUUGUUGUGGAACGAGACGGUCGCUAACCUCACACUGAUGGCUCUGGGUAGCUCUGCACCGGAGAUCCUACUUGCAAUCGGAGAGAGCGUGCAGAGACUGGGAGAGAGCGAGAGCGAGGCUGCAGCUCGUGAUACUCUCGGGACAUUCACGAUUGUCGGAUCUGCUGCUUUUAAUUUACUUGUUAUCACUCCAGUCUGUAUUGUCAGUGUGCCGUCCCCGCACCUCAAGAAGGUUAGUGAGUUUGGGGUGUUUCUUGUCACGACUGCUUGGUCUGUGUUUGCCUACACGUGGCUGCUGGUUGUGCUGGAAUUUAACACGCCGGGAGUCGUCGAGAUGUGGGAGGCUUGGCUCACACUUGCUUUCUUCCCACUGUUUGUGUUGAAUGCUUGGGCGCAGGACAACUCCUGGUGGAUACAUCGAUGCAAGAGGAAGACGAGUCCGACUCAUUGUGUUGUAGAGAUGGGUGCAGUGAAGGAGUCGAGAGUCAGAGUUGUGAAUCUCGAUGCUCGUCCAUCGACUGCGUUUCAUAUCGGUUCGAUUCGAAGGAAAUCGGACAGACAACAUACAAACAGAGAAGACAGUGAUGAUUUAUCAGAUGAUGAAAUAACAAAUCAGAGACGUUUUACACAUUGCAGAAGCCCUCGUAUAAGUUUCCUGAGUAAAGCCCCAUCAGUCAGCUCAGUAAGCACAACAACAUCCAAGACUGAACCUAAAUCAAGACCCUCACUGACAAGAGCGAGGUGCAAUGCCACAAUUUUUGAAUCAAUUUUAUUGAGGAUUUUAGUUCCAAUGUUGUUUCGUCAUGUUGCUUUGAUGUCGCUUAUGGGUAAAAGUGUCUGUGCUGGUAAACAGUUUGCACGUGCUGUCAACGCAGUGGCAACAAAAAGCCAAUUGGAGAAGAUAAGACGAACUGCAGCUGUGACACCAGCUCGAAAACGCAGUUGCAUUCAUCAAGGACUUCACUUCCCAACACAAACAUACUCAGUAUUAAGAAGUGCAAAGAGCAUCAAGUUGGACGUUGUUUAUGGCAACCAAUCAAACAGACACAGCAGAUCUAACUUUGAUGGAAAUGUUUCAAAUGGUGGCCCAAACCAAACAUUGCAUCCUCAUUCUUUGCCUGUAGCCAAUGAUCGAAUGGGCAGCAAUGGACUUUGGCCCACGUUUGAGAAGAAGGACACAAGAGUGUCUGUGAUGUCUGAGGCUGCCGCUGUGAUUGAUGAAUUGGAUCGCAUGCUUGCUCCAGUGUCAGUGCAAUAUGAGACAAGAGACGGUGCAGCCAAGCAAGGGAUUGCCUAUGAGAAAACAAAAGGAGUGUUGACAUUUGAAGAGGGUGACAUUCAGCACUCUAUCCACGUUCCUAUACUAAAGAGUGACAAAUACAACAGUGACGACGACUUCUAUGUUAUCCUCAAGAAUCCAACCAUCCCGGAUGCUCUCUCACACCCAGACGUCGCCCGAGUCAAAAUAAUAGAAGACAACGAACCCGGUAGUUUUGAAUUUGACUGUCUACGAUAUUAUGGUGACCUCCACAGCAACACAGUCACAGCAACAAUCAUACGAACUAAUGGAUGUGAUGGGACGGUGACUGUCCACUGUAACACAAUUGACGGUACUGCCACAGGUGGCAAGUGUCUAGAAUCGGGAAUUGAUUACGAACAAGUAGACGAGAUGAUCACAUUCAGGGAAGGAGAAACCAGCAAGCAAGUGACCGUCCGGAUUAAUGCAAACAAAAAUCUGGAGAAUAAGAAUUUUGUGUUGUACUUGGGGAGCGUUAGUCAAGGAGCUCAAAUUGGAAAACAAAGUGCUGCAGUGAUGAUACUAACACCCACAGCAGACAGCAGUGACUUAGUCAUCGGUGAUACAAAAGAAAGUCUGAAAUGGUACAAAUCAUGGGAGGCCCAAUUCCAAAUGGCAAUGACUAUAGGAGAAGACGUAGAUGAAGAUGGCAAGCUGAUGAAGCCAUCGAGACUCGACUAUUUCCUGCAUUACAUUUCCAUCUUCUGGAAGGUUCUGUUUGCAACGAUUCCACCGAGAGCUGUACUUGGUGGUUGGCUGGCGUUUUUCAUUUCUCUUGGUUAUAUUGGUGUAUGCACAAUACUUGUGGAGCAGAUUGCUUCACUGUUUGGUUGUGUUGUUGGCUUGAGGACAAGUGUAACUGGAAUUACAUUAGUAGCUCUUGGCACGAGCCUCCCAGAUACAUUCGCAAGCCGAGCAGCAGCCAUCCAAGAAAAGGAUGCAGAUGCAGCCAUUGGAAAUAUCACAGGAAGCAACAGUGUUAAUGUCUUCCUCGGUCUCGGCCUGCCGUGGGUCAUAUCUGCUUGCUACUACGAAGCCCGCAACGAAUCCUUCCACGUGUCACGCUACAACCUCCCUUUCUCUGUUAUCGUGUUCACCGCUUGUGCAGCCGUCUGUGUACUUCUUCUCAUCACACGACGUCAGGUACUCGGCGGCGAGCUAGGAGGGCGGACAUGGCAGAAAUGGUUGAGCAGUUGCAUGCUGCUUGCUCUCUGGUUUUUCUACGUGCUGAUCUCAUCUCUACGAGCCUAUGAGAUCAUACCAGGAAUCUGAAUGUAAUGUAUUGAACGGUACUGGAAUGAAGACUCGAUAUAUAAUAUAAAAUUCUAUUU